GCUCUCUGGAGAGUGUGUGAGUGUGUGUAUGUGUGUGCCGUGUCGGGCUCCCCCUUUCCCCCCUGUUUUCCCGUCGAGUGAUGCACCUGGAAUGAGAAUCAGAGGAUGGAAAUAGUCUGGGAGGUGCUUUUUCUUCUUCAAGCCAAUUUCAUCGUCUGCAUAUCAGCUCAACAGAAUUCACCAAAAAUCCAUGAAGGCUGGUGGGCUUACAAGGAGGUGGUCCAGGGAAGCUUUGUUCCAGUUCCUUCUUUCUGGGGAUUGGUGAACUCAGCUUGGAAUCUUUGCUCUGUGGGGAAACGACAGUCACCCGUCAACAUAGAGACCAGUCACAUGAUCUUCGAUCCCUUUCUGACUCCUCUGCGCAUCAACACUGGAGGCAGGAAGGUCAGUGGGACCAUGUACAACACUGGAAGGCAUGUUUCCCUCCGCCUGGACAAGGAGCACUUGGUCAACAUCUCAGGAGGGCCCAUGACAUAUAGCCACCGACUGGAGGAGAUCCGGCUACACUUCGGGAGUGAGGACAGCCAAGGGUCCGAGCACCUCCUCAAUGGACAGGCCUUCUCUGGGGAGGUACAACUCAUCCACUAUAACCACGAGCUAUACACAAAUGUCACAGAAGCUGCGAAGAGUCCAAAUGGAUUGGUGGUAGUUUCUAUAUUUAUAAAAGUUUCUGAUUCAUCAAACCCAUUUCUUAACCGAAUGCUCAACAGAGAUACUAUCACAAGAAUAACGUAUAAAAAUGAUGCAUAUUUACUACAGGGACUUAAUAUAGAGGAACUGUAUCCGGAGACCUCUAGUUUCAUCACUUACGAUGGGUCGAUGACUAUCCCGCCCUGCUAUGAGACAGCGAGCUGGAUAAUAAUGAACAAGCCUGUGUAUAUAACCAGAAUGCAGAUGCAUUCCCUGCGCCUCCUCAGCCAGAAUCAGCCAUCGCAGAUCUUUCUGAGCAUGAGCGACAACUUCAGGCCCGUGCAGCCCCUCAACAACCGCUGUAUCCGCACCAACAUCAACUUCAGUUUACAGGGGAAGGACUGUCCUAACAACAGGGCCCAGAAGCUGCAAUACAGAGUAAACGAAUGGCUCCUCAAGUAGGGAACGAAGCCAACAAGAAUCCCACCUCAGUGAAACUCUACAACUGUGAAUUGACGUAACCCAGAAUGCCCCCUCUUUCUUCCUCUUCUUCCCUCCCCUAAGCCUUUUACUCUUUGGAUUGGCCCCUUAUUCAUGAAAACUGUUUGCAAAAAUGUGUCAGAGGAGAGCACAUCUGUACACACACACAUGCACACAUACACACACAUGCACACAUACACAAGAGUAAACACAAGUACACACACAUCUAUACCACCUCCAUGAUGGGAAGUCAAGUCUCAGAAACAAAGAUUUGAUCAUCAAAGGUCUUAGAAGAAAACAACCAGUUAACCUGAUUACAAUUUUGAUACUGUUUCCCUAAACUAAUAACUCUAUCCGAUGAGAUUUCUCAGCCUUUGUACAUACAAAAAUUCUUCCAAAAGAGAGAGGGGAGAAAACAUCGCUCUAAAAGCAUCAAGUGGACGCUGUAGCUCAUCAUCCCCGAUGGUGUCCUAGGAUACUCUGUGGAUGCUGGUGACAUGUGAACCAGGACAAAGCUGACCAAGGACACUUAUUUCUAGAUUACGAUUCUUCUGUUUACUCAAUGAUUUAAAAAGAAAAUAAUAAUAAAAAAGGACAGACA